AUGCGGACAGACUCUAAGACCGCAAUCAGCAUUAUGAGUUCUCGUACAACAUAUGGAGGUCGGUACCAUAACCUUUGGUCUCAACUGCAGGAUCUUAUUAAUCAAGAAUGGGAGAUAGAGAUCUCUCACACCUUCCGCGAAGGAAACAAGUCAGCAGAUUACCUCGCCAAUAAAGGGCACUCUCUUAAUCUUGGCUAUCAUGUUAUUGAGAGAGAUGAUCCUGGUCUUAAUUUUUGGCUUUUGUAUGACUCUAUGGGCAAUGCCCAGUCUCGUUUAAUAUAA